CACCCUUCAAAUUCUAACCGCAAAAUCCGAAACCACCGAUAACCUUGAGGACUGCAACGAUAUGAAUAUUAGUUUCAUGUCCGCGGUAUUAUGUGGGUUUCGACGCGCGUGCUUAAUUGCAAACUAUUCAACCAUAUCUAAGACUUUUGUAGCAUCAACAAAAUGUUUAGUCACCCCAUUUAAAACAUUUUCACUACCCAUUCCCUGCAGAUUCUAUGGGCAUGGUGUACCAUUAACCAAAACAAUGAUCGAAGAUCGAGUGAUGCUCGUGUUAAGACUCUACGAUAAAAUCGAUCCGUACAAAAUAACACUAAAUUCUAGAUUCAAUGAAGACUUUGGAAUAGACAGUUUAGAUCAUGUAGAGCUUGUCAUGGCAAUAGAAGAAGAGUUCGGUAUUGAAAUUCCCGAUAUGGAUUCUCAACGUUUUUUCUCGCCUCAAGAUAUCAUCCAAUAUCUAUGUGAUCGGCACGAUAUCUAUGAUUAGUGGUGAUAGUUCCAAACACUUGUUUGAUGUAAUUAGUAUCAGUAUUCAAAAUAAACCUUGAUGCACACAUAGUUUUUUUCUGUUUGUUUUUUGCUUCUGUUUUAAUUCACAAACUCUUGGUUUAGGUGUUCUGAUUGACGGUGAUGUCUUCGCAAUCUGAAGAUGACGAGUUGCCAUUCGAUAUCGAUGAAGUGAUGGCUGCCAAACGUAAUAAUCCUGGUAUGUUUGUCAGUGCUUGGCAGGCAGAUGAAAAUGAUAUUAAUCUGUGGACAAAUGAUCAAAUAAAAGGUGAUCCAAAGAAACAAUUUAUUGUCGCAGCAGAAAACAAUGAUCUAUCUACUAUCCAUCGCCUUAUUGAGUCAGCUAAGCAAAAAGAUGUUGAAGGAGUGGUGGAGUUAAAAGAAUUGUUAUCAGCUAAAGAUCAAGAUGGUUACACGGCAUUGCAUCGUGCAGCAUAUGGAGGACAUGUAGAAGUUUUACAGUAUCUAAUGAAAUACGGAGCAAACAUAAACAAUAGGACAGAAGAUGGAUGGACACCAUUACACAGUGCCGCAUUCUGGAAUAAAUUAUCUUGUGUUCAAUUACUUAUUGCAGCUGGUGCAGAUUUAAGUGCUCUUACAAAUAGUGGACAAACCGCUUUACAUUUAGCUGUUUCAAACAACCAAGGACCCGAGACAUUAUAUUUAUUAAUGGCUCAACCUGGUGCACCAGUUUAUGGCGUACGCAAUAAAUUAGGCGAUGAAGUCGCUGAUAUUAUCAAAAGAAAUACACCUUAUGGGGAUGUUUGUUAUGCAUUCAGUGAACCAGUAACUAAUUUGUUGUGAAAAAUAUAAAUGAUUCACUUUUUUCCCUA